AUGUUUGUCGAAGAAACAGAGUGUGAGAGACAUUUCGCGGCUACCACUAGUCGAGAUAGUACAGGGCGUUUUGUGGUAGUACUUCCAAAGAAACCAUCCGUUCUUUCUCAACUCGGAAAUUCUUAUGAGAUUGCGAAACGUCGAUUCCUUUCAUUGGAACGUCGAUUGCAUGUCAAUCCAAAUCUACGAUCGUCAUAUGCGGCGUUUAUCGAGGAAUAUCGUAACCUGAAACACAUGCAUGAGGUCACAGAUUCUCAGACAAGUUUGAGCACAUCAUACUAUCUUCCGCAUCAUUGUGUUGUGCGACCUGACAGCAUCACCACAAAACUACGUGUUGUAUUUGAUGCAUCAUGCACUACAGACACCGGUGUUUCAUUGAAUGAUGCUCUGAUGGUAGGACCGGUGGUUCAGGAAGACCUCAUUUCCAUCAUCUUACGUUUUCGAAUACACCGGUACGCUAUAAUUGCGGACAUCGAGAAAAUGUAUCGGCAAGUAUUGGUCCACCCAUCUGAUCACUUACUUCAACGGAUACUCUGGCGGGAUGAGCCGUCCGAACCGAUUAAGAGCUACGAGUUGACAACAGUCACGUACGGAACAUGUGCUGCGCCUUAUCUUGCUACAAAAUGUCUCCAAGAGCUUGCCAAACUUGGCCAGAUAUCGUAUCCUGCGGCCGCUCAAAUGAUUGCUAAGGAUUUUUACAUGGACGACCUGAUUAGUGGGGCUAACAAUAUCGAAGAAGGAAAGACUCUUUGUUCACAACUUCUACAACUUCUUCAAUCUGCAGGAUUCCGUUUGAGAAAAUGGUCGUCGAAUUGUCCAGAAAUCUUAGCUCACAUCCCUGCAGAAUUUCGUGAUAAACGCAGCAUAUUUGAUUUACAUUCAUCAGAAACCGUGAAAACACUUGGGCUCAAGUGGGAGCCAGCUUCAGAUAUGUUUUUAUUUCAAGUGCCGAAGUGGAAUGAAGAGGCAAUCAUUACAAAACGAAUUGCUCUUUCCGAUGCUGCGCGUCUCUACGACCCUUAG